GGCAGGGGAGCGAGCACUCGCUGCUGCUGCUGCUGCUGCUGCUCUGCCGAGCCGCCUCUCUCCAUUGCAGCUCCAGCAUGAGCACCACUGUCAGGCAGUUCUCCUCCUCCACCUCCCUCAAGGGCUUCGGCGGCCUGGGGGGGGGCUCCAGUAGGCUCUCCUCCGUGCGUGUUGGGGGAGGAGGCUAUAGGGCCCCCAGCGUGCACGGGGGCUCUGGCAGCUACUCCGUGUCCUCCCGCAUGGUCUCGGGCUUCGGCAGCGGCUUUGGGGGCAGCUACUGCAGCAGCGCAGGAGGGACCCUCGGCGGGGGCUUUGGGGGCAGCUAUGGGGCCGGCUUUGGGGCCGGCUUUGGGGCCGGCUUUGGAGGAGGCUUUGGAGGCGGUGAUGGCAUCCUGCCGGCCGGGGAGAAGGAGACCAUGCAGAACCUCAACGACCGCCUGGCCACCUACCUGGACAAGGUGCGAGCCCUGGAGGAGGCCAACACCGACCUGGAGGUGAAGAUCAGGGAGUGGUACAAGAAGCAGGGACCUGGUCCUGACCGUGACUACAGCCCCUACUACAGGACUAUCGAGGAGCUCAGGAACAAGAUUCUUUCUGCAACUGUUGAAAAUGCCAAUAUCGUCCUGCAGAUCGACAAUGCCAGGCUGGCAGCAGAUGACUUCCGAACCAAGUUUGAGUCGGAGCAGGCUCUGCGCAUGAGCGUGGAGGCCGACAUCAACGGCCUGCGCCGGGUCCUGGAUGAGCUGACCCUGUCCAGAGCCGACCUGGAGAUGCAGAUUGAGAACCUGAAGGAGGAGCUGGCUUAUCUGAAGAAGAACCACGAGGAGGAAAUGACUGCCCUGCGCGGGCAGGUGGGUGGGGAGAUCAGCGUGGAGAUGGACGCUGCUCCUGGCAUUGACCUCACCAAGAUCCUGGCGGAGAUGCGGGAGCAGUACGAGAGCCUGGCGGAGAAGAACCGCAGGGACGCCGAGCAGUGGUUCUUUAGCAAGACGGAAGAGCUGAACCGGGAGGUGGCCAUCAACACGGAGCAGCUGCAGAGCGGCAAGACGGAGAUCACGGAGCUGCGGCGCACGAUCCAGAGCCUGGAGAUCGACCUGCAGUCGCAGCUCAGCACGGUACGAGGGCCGGGCUGGCGCAUCUCCUCCCAGUACUCCUCCGCCAUGUCCUCACACUCUGGCAGAGAUGUCACGACAUCAUCCCGUCAGGUGCGCACGAUCGUUGAGGAGGUGCAGGAUGGGAAGGUGGUCUCCUCCCGGGAGCAGGUCGCACUCACCACUCGCUAGGACAGCCCCUGGCUCAGGAGAGCAGGGAAUUGAGCCAAGAAGUGCCUGAGGCCACGUGUGGUCGGGUUGUGUCCCCUCACCUGCUCUUCUGUGUUGCCCUCAUUUUGUGCAGGUGUCUCUGGACACACUUAAUAAAGCUUUUUCUCCUUGCUUGUGCAA